UCAAAAUAGACGGCCGGUGGAAAACAUCUCUGAUUCCCAUGCCUGCUAGGCUCUUUUUCUGACGAAAUUUUAGUGCCAGUGGCCGAUUUAAGUAUGGGAUCUCAGCAACGAACGUGCCCUUUAAAUCUGCUCCCGUUCGAGGUGCUGUGCAAAAUAUUCGACCAGCUUGACCUGCGGAGUGUUAAAAGUGCGUCCCUUACCUGUCAACGCUGGGAGCAGAUAAUCUUUUCGAAUCACUAUAUCAAACGGUUUACCCUAUACGUUGCUUGCUCAGGGCGCAGCAUUUCUUCGUCAACAUCAACCACCGGCAAACACGAGAUGAAACAUUUAGCCCGCCUGAUAAAAGCCUCCAAACGUUGCUAUCCCAAUCUGACGCUCGAGUUCGAUCGGCGGAGCGAAUUUACGGACCACGCAUUUCACAUGCUGUUCGAGAGCUUAAGCUGCCAAAAGCUGGACCAUUUGGUCGUCCUAAAGCUGGUGCUGAAGGCGGACCCGGACCUGAUGGUGAUGAUGGUCGUCAAUGCCGUGCCGGAAAUGAGCCGCCUGGCCGCGCUUCACAUCACGCUCGGCUGUGGAUACGGGGUCGCGAUGAGUCAGCCCGAGUUCCACUUGCAUCUGAAAAGUGCCUCCUUGCGGCAUCUGGAGCUGAAAGCAUUCUUGCCGGACUCGAUGAACCUACCUUCGCUGAAGUCGCUCGAAGUGUCCCUUCAUCUGAAGGCCGACAUGAUCUACGGCCACUCGUUGCGCCAACGAGAUGAAAUGCCGUACAGCCUGCAGCUGGAACGUCUCGAAGAGCUGACGUUCAGCCAGCCUCCGUCGUGCGUCAAAUGGCAUCCGUCGGCGCAAAAGACCAACCGACCGGGGUACAAGUUUCGCUUCUACCAGCAACUGACGGGGCUCAAAAAGUUACACCUGUUCGAGAACAAGACGCCCGAAAACAUCUUCCUGGCGAUUUGCGAUUCGUGUACCUGCCUCACGGAGUUGUGGAUCGAAGGGCUACAAAUUCUCGAUCCGAACGCUCCCCGCCACCUAACAAAGCUUCCCUUUCUACGCCGGCUGACAGUUAACGAGUUCAUCGCACCGUCACGGAUAUCGUUCCAGUCCGCCCACCUGCCCAACCUGGAGCACCUCCAGCUCGGUAGAGGCACGUUUGCUUACGACUCCUUCCGGGUGCUCGGUACCGUCAAGUCACUCCAGCUGCAGGUAACGGUGAAGAACAUCGAGGAAUCGAUGCGUGCGAUCGCGCAACACAUGCACAAUCUGACGGUGCUGAGCUUGAACCUCGACGCCAUGCCUGACUGCGACCCGCUCGUCGUGCUACAAUCGCUGCAUCUGCUAACGACAGUCCGGGAGUUGGUGUUGGAGGGCGGUUUUUUCCAUCAGUACACGUACCAACCUCCCAACGCAAAGCCCAUGCCGGAGCUACAGAAACUUCGCUUUCGCGACUGUCGGAUGCAUUCGCGGGAACUUCCCUGGCUAAGCCGUAUGUUCCCCAAUCUGACGGUGCUCGAUAUGCGCCAAUGUCAAUUUCUCUAGAUUUACUGCAACAAACUCUACUGUAUGGGAUGUGAUGGACGCCGAGCUGUGUCCGAUAAUGUGAUGUUACAAUAUCGAUUGUAGGUAACUAAAUGUAUGCGCUGUGCUUAUUUAAAUUGUAUUGUUGAAAGUUACAUAUUUGCGAAAAUAAAAUAUGAGCUGUCAUUUUAACCAAAUC